AUGUCACCCCAAAAAGCCCAUUUUUCGAUACCAUUGACAAAUGAAGAGCUGGACACUAUCUUGGCCGGUGAUCUACGAAAGACAGCCUUGGCAAAAUGGUGGGGUAAUUUUGUACCCAUAGACCAGUGGACACCGCCGAACGUCCGGCAUACAUUUAAGGAUUUGCCAUUUAGAAAAUAUGAUAUGACUCCAGAAACUCAGAUCGACAGUCCGGAUAAUUACUGGGGAGAUUCAACUCCAGACAUCUACAACCACAACUUUGCCGGAGUGGAGGAGGCCAUUCAUGAACUCUCCGCGAUGUUUGAAGAUGAUUGGGUCAAGUCCCGAUCUCAACCUCCAUCAGUUGGAUCACCUCCAACGACCAAGUCUAUAGAUGAGGAGCUGAUGGACUGCGAUGGUCUGUUGUAUGAUCUUGGGUGGGAUGGUAUUUCUGCUGUCUCACAGGAGGUCAGACCACCAUCCGAACAAGGUAUGGCUGCUGACAACGGGCCAAUUUAUGAUCUCGGAUGGAGCGGAUUGAUGUAUCAUAAAGCAGAUGGCAUCAAUCAAAGUCCUGUCUAUGAUCUCAGUUGGACAUCGGACCCUAUACCACCAUUGGUAGUACCUGCGGAUGAGAUCAAAGAGGACCCUAUAUAUGAUCUUGGAUGGUCGUGUCCCGUGAUGUUGCCGGAGGAAGCCAAAGCCACCGAUGACAAUUAUGACCCUGCAUACGACCUCAGCUGGGUGGCAACAAUGGUAGAGUCGGCGGCAAUGGACAAUGAUGUGAUUGAUCUAAUAUAUGGCCGGUGA